ACUCCAUUAAAAAAAAAAAAAAAAAACCAGGUGUGGUGGCUUACGCCUGUAAUCCUAGCACUUUGGGAGGCCGAGGCAGGCAGAUCACCUGAGGUUGGGAGUUCAAGACCAGCCUGACCAACAUGGAGAAACUCUGUCUCUACUAAAAAUACAAAAUUAGCUGGGUGUGGUGGUACAUGCCUGUAAUCCCAACUAUUCAGGAGGCUGAGGUGGGAGAAUUGCUUAAACCCGGGAAUCGGAGGUUGCGGUGAGCCAAGAUCAUGCCAUUACACUCCAGCCUAGGCGACAAGAGCAAAACUCCAUCUCAAAAAAAAAAAAAAAAAUCCACAAUUAGCUGGGCCUGGUGGCUCAUGCCUGUAAUCGCAACACUUUGGGAGGCCAAGGUGGGAGGAUCACUUGAGCACACAAGUUUGAGACCAGCCUGGGCAACAUAGUGAGACCCCGCCUUUACAAAAAAUUUAAAAAUUAGCCAGGUACAGUGGUAUGCACCUGUGGUCCCAGCUAUUCAGGACACUGAAGUGGGAGGGUCACCUGAGCCCAGGAGGUUGAGGCUGCAGUGAGCCAUGAUUGUACCAAUACACUCCAGCUUGGGUGACAGUGAGACCCUGUGUCAAAAAAAAAAAAAAAAAUCCAAAAUCUCACCCAGACCAAUACUGUAUCAGAAUUCUCAUUUUAACAAUAUCUCCAGAUGAUUUAUAUGCACAUUAAAGUUUGAGAAGCUGGCCAAGUGUGGUGGCUCACACUUACAGUACCAGCACUUUGGGAGGCCGAGGCAGGUAGGUUACCUGAGCUCAGGAGUCCGAGACCAGCCUGGGCAACAUGGUGAAACCUUGUCUCUACAAAAAAUACAAAAGUUAGCCCGGUGUGGUGGUGGGCGCCUGUGGUCCCAGCUACUCAGGAGGCUGAGGUGGGAGGAUGGCCUGAGCCCAGGAGGCAGUUUGCAGUGAGCUGAGAUUACACCACUGCAUUCCAGGCUAAGCGGCAGAGCAAAACCCUAUCUCAGAAAAUAAAUAGUUUGAGAAGCAAUCUUUUUUUAAAUGAGUGAAGAAAUCAGACCUAAGGAGAAAUCUGAUGAAGCCAGAGCUGAGUUAAUAUUGAUAAAUGGAUGCAGUCAGGUGGUCUAUACUUAAUUUUUGGUGAGGGGAAGGGACAGUGGAGGCAGUAUUGAUUUUGAGGAAGCCAAACAGGACAGCCGGAUGAAUUCAAGAUUUCCAGUGUACAUACAUCUUCACCAAUCCCACCACCUCGCUCCAGCCUGUCAUAUCACUGUGUCUACAUAAAAAAAAAAAAAACAUCUCCAAGGCCAAACUCUCUGACCUUUCUUUCCUGCUAAAGACCAAGCCCUCCUCACUAGCCCCCUGCCCUUCCUUAGUUAACUGGCAAACAGAUCAAAGGGCAGGCCUUCUGACUGGUGAUGCCUCAGCUGUAGCCCCCAAGCUUGACUCAUCCUUUUAUUAGUCCAGGUACCACUUCUUCAGAAAGGUGACCAGCCCUCCCUCACCUUCCCCUUCCUGCUGUGCUCCAGGCCAUCAAGGCAUGUUUCACCCCGUACUGUUUUUGUUUGAGACAGGGUCUCUCUGUGUCACCCAGGCUGGAGUGCACUCGUGCAAUCUCCACUCACUGCAACCUCCACCUCCUGGGUUCAACCUAUCCUUCCACCUCAGCUUCCCGAGUAGCUGGGUCUACAGGCGCAUGCUGCCACUCCCGGCUAAUUUUUGUAUUUUUAGUAGAGACUAGGUUUCAUCAUGUUGCCCAGGCUGGUCUCAGGCUUCUGGGCUCAAGCUAUCCACCCGCCUUAGCCUCCCAAAGUGCUGGGAUUACAGGCCGUGAGCCACCGCACCCGGCCUUGUACUGUUACUGUUUAUGGGAGGCAGUACACAGCUGGGCUUAAGGGCACAGUCCUGGAAUCAGAUGCAGUCAGAUUUGAAUCCCAGCUUCCCUUCCUGCAAGAUGUGUGACUUAAGCUAAUCAUAGUGCUUUACUAUCCAAAAGUUGGCGAGGAAUGGGUGAACUAAUAAAGGAUAAAAACGCUUGCCCUAAUUCACCUGCCCCCCAGCUCCCAGCUAUAAACAGUAAAUAGCUGAGCUGCUGCAGCACUCAGGCAGGUUGGCCAGCGCUGGGCCAGCAGGAACUGGAAGCCGGUGCGGGGCCUGGGACUUUGGACGCAUUUCCAGCUUUCUCUGAACCGGGCUGGCUUCCUAGCAGAUAGGGCGGGACCGUCGGGUUGAGUGACGGCCGGUGGCCCGCCCUGGGCGUGACGUUGUUCUAGUGUUGUUGCCAGCAGCUGCACGUGGUCGGCUGAGUCCGCCUCAGACUCAGAGCUGCGCUCCUCGACCUCAACGCCAGGCGGUUACUUUGCUGCUCCUCCCGCUCGCUAUGUCAACGUCCACUAGCUGCCCGAUUCCCGGGGGCCGGGACCAGCUGCCCGACUGCUACAGCACCACGCCGGGGGGCACGCUAUACGCCACUACCCCGGGAGGCACCAGGAUCAUCUACGACCGAAAGUUCCUGCUGGAGUGCAAGAACUCACCCAUUGCCCGGACACCCCCCUGCUGCCUCCCUCAGAUUCCCGGGGUCACAACUCCUCCAACAGCCCCUCUCUCCAAGCUGGAGGAGCUGAAGGAGCAGGAAACAGAGGAAGAGAUACCCGAUGAUGCACAAUUUGAAAUGGACAUCUAAUCCAGUGCAGAUGACCCAGCAUGUGGAGUUACAGAGGGAUCCCUCAUGCCACUGCUGCCACCACCUCUUCCUGGGGCAUCCAAAGGCCAGCUGGCCUCAUUUAAUCUGGAAGGGAGUGACUUGUUAGUUCCAAGCCUCCUUUAGUUCUGAGGCAGCUAGACCAGGGAUAGGACUGGGCAACUUGCCAAGCCCUUAACUCUACUUCCUCUUCGGUCUGUGGUACUCCUCCUAACCCUAAACCCUCUAUGCUCAGGGGCUGGAACUGGGGAAUGGAGUAAGUCACCUUCUGGCUGCUUAGUAAACAUUCAAAGAAA